CACAUUUGGAGAAACUACUGAAAUAUCAAAAUGGGUUCCAACAAAGCUCUUCUUCUCUUGGCUCUAUUUGUUGCUCUUGUCCUUGUAGUGUCCGCAAGCACUCCAAGCAGAGACCUAGCUGAGACUUCUGCUGAGAAGGAAAAUGGGGUGACCACUGAAAGUUCCAACAACGUUGGUGGCCUAGAUGAUGCUAAGUACGGUGGAUAUCAAGGUGGUAAUGGUGGUGGGUAUCAAGGUGGUGGCGGCCGCGGAGGGGGACGUGGAGGAAGGUGUUACCAUGGCUGCUGCAGGCGCUAUAACUAUGGAAGAGGAUGCAGAAGGUGCUGCUCUUACGCUGGAGAGGCUGUUGAUAGUGCAGAACCCUAGUUCAAACCUGCUGAAUCACAAGUUACGGGACUCACAACUAAGAAUAAGUCGACGAUGUCGAUCAAUAUGGUCAAUGUGCAUGUUUAGAUUCCGGCAAGCAAUAAAUUUGCCCAUAGCUUCAAGUUAUUCUGGCAAUGUACGUGUUCCAGGGAAGCUUAGCAUAUCUAGCUUGUUUUGUUAAUGUUUGUUUACUACGUUUACGUGGAAGGUCUGUUAUAGCUUCACCUUCUAUAUGCAAUAAAAUAAUCUAGCUUCUC